AUGGCUCAGGCGAUCGCAAUCUGCAUGGCCAUCCUCUUCGUAAUCUACUCCACGGUGGGCUGCUUCGGCUACCUGACCUACGGUGCAUCCGUGCGGCCCGAUAUCAUGUUGAUGUUCGACGCCACACAGGCUUGGGUGCUCAUCGGCCUGCUGGCGCUCAUAUUGAAGAUGGCCGUCUCCUACCCGCUGCUGGCGCUUUGUGCAAGGGAUGCAAUCGAAGAGCUGUACCUGGAGCUACGCGGAGGUCCACCCGAAGACCGGAACGAAGUGCACGCCCGCAUGAUGAAGCUCAGUCUCGCCUGGUUCGCCAGCACCGUGGGUGUCGCCAUAUUGCCUUUGGACAUCGGUGUGGCCAUCAAGUGCCUUGGAUGCCUGUCCGCGCUCAACGUAUUUCUGUUUCCCGGCCCUGUGCCUGCUCUGACGACAGACCUCGCCCUGUUUCUGCUUUUAGGCAUGUGCCUCCUGGGCUACACCCAGCUGAAGGAUUCCUCGACCACCUACCGGCACUGCCUCAUGCUUGUCGGCGCCCUCAUGGUGAUUGUGGGGGCCGUCAUAUUCGUCGGGGUUUUGCUGCAUGUCCUGCUCGUCGAUCUCGUCUCCCGACACGCCAACCACCUCUGCUCCUGA